CAGAAAAGUGUCAGAGUGAUGUAUGCUCAGGGGAUCUUUGCCCUAUUUCCCUAUCUGGAGGACCAAAACAUGGAUAUGAGCAUUACUAUGAUCCAGAGAGCGAUUCAGGAUACCUUGCUUGGCGUUUAAAGACUAUUCAAAGAAAAACUGCAGAGGAAAGGGGUGCCUCAGGUAGCAAAUCUCCCAAAAGUGGUGGACCAGGCCAUGGUCAAUCCAGGGUUUUCACUGCUGACAAAGUGCUGUCAGAUGAGGAAGUGGAAGCAGCUAUUGCUGUUUUGAAACACUCUGCUGAUGAUGACACUGUCCGUGAGAAGAUGAAGGCUACCUUCCAUUACCGUCAUUCAAUGGUCAAUGAUGAAAAGAAAGCAGCAGAUGUCUUCUCUGUCUUUCCAAGAUUUCUGGAGACACCAGGACUGAUAGAACAAGAUUUCAGACUCCUGUUUGGCGAAGGCACUGCCGAUAAAGUUUUGGAGAAGUGGCCCACCAGUCUCAAAUCCAAGGUUAUAAAGGAAAGCCAUGGCCUGGUACCCACCACUGAGCUUUUGGAUUUAUUGCGGAAUGCAGAGUUGGCUGCUGAAGCUGAGAACGGUUGGGAUAGUGACAUGUCUGCUAUUUUGCUUCUGCUGCAUCUGCUACCACCAUCUGCACAAGGACGAAAGAGGCCGGGUAAGAUGUCUGCAUCUCAAGCAGUGGAUCACCUCAUCAGAUUUCUAAAGGUUGGAACCAGUGUGCAGCAGCAUCUUGACAAAAUCACCCAACGUACCCAGCCCUACCUCCUUGGCCAGGGAUCCAUCCAAAGCAGUAUUCACCCAUUCUUCAUUGUGAUUGACAACUAUGCUAUUCCAUGUAAGGCAACAUGUUCAGUUGGAGCUCUUGAUGAGCUCUUUAAGACCCAUUAUGUGUUUGGUACGUCAUACAGUGCUCCCUUGACCAACUUAUUGAUUUAUUUAUUUAUUUGAAAUGCCUGUCUUUUACCAGAUCAAGUCUGUGUUCAUAGUUAAAGACAAAUUGUUGCUGCUUACAUUGCCUUUAUGUACAGUAUCUUUUUUAAUGAACAUUUUCAUGCUUAUGAAGUUACUAAAAUGAUGCAAGGUUUUGUUGUGUUUGAUGUCAACCAUCUAUGUUAUCCGAAGCCCUUUGACAUACAAAUGUCAUAUGAAGCAAAUGACACUGCUCUUUUUGUUUGUCCCGUAUUGCUAUCUUUGGUGAACAUUGUUUUGAAGAUGGUUAAACUGACACUGUUACAGUAAUUAUGUCACUGGAUCAUAAAGUUGAAUAAAUGUUGUCACUGUGAACUUAAAACUUUGUGUUUAUUGUGAUUGGUAGAUUUUAUAAAAGCCAUACAAUGCUAAAAUUUAGCAUUAUAUAGUAUAUGUGUAAAAAAAAACUAGAAAGGAAAAAACAACAACACAAUAAAGUGUAAAUUUGUAAGUAAAUUUAGUGUAAAAUUAACUCCAUAAAAUAACAAUAUUACUCUGAAGAGUGUAAACAAACAAUAGUGUUAAAUAAUUUGACUCACUGACUUGUUGAUUUUGACACUAAAAUGAGUAAAAUUAACUCUGAAAAUUUGACACUGGCUAUAGAGUACAUUUUACACUAUUUUCGAGUGGGACCAAAUGUUAUCUGAAACGGAGUUAAAUUCAACUCUAUAGGUGUUAAAUUGAC